GUCAAUUUCUCAGAUUUCUCUCGUUUUUUUGAAGAUAAGAUUUUGAAAUAUCUCAGGAUUGCCUUUCCCUCUCCACCUUUAACAAUUCAUACGCCCAAAACCCUCCACUGUUACUCUCUAAUUUUCAACUCAAUCCUCCCUAAAACUCCAAUCAAUUCAGCAAUUUCAAUGUCGCCAGCUUUCACAUGAGUUUUGCAGCGAGUAUGACCACCCCGGCGUGUUUUCGCGGGAACGUUGUUCCUUUAUCGCAGUGCAGUUCAUGUUGCAACAUCCGAUUCCAGCCUUUCAUCUCUUCCUACAUCAAUCAUGGCAUCAGACGUAACAUUUAUCCUGUGAAAUGCGUUUCCAGGUUAGUGGUUAGUGGCAAUCGUGUGGUAAAAUGCAGAGCGAGUGAAAGGGAGACCGGACCAGAUGACGAUGAUGAUAAAGAAAAAGAAGCGCAUGAAGCUGCUGAAACUGCAGAACCAUUGAUAUCGAGUGGUUCAGAUAUUGGGGAUGAUAAAGAAAAAGAUAAGGGUCAACCUAGUCAGUUGGAAGCACUUAACAAGUUCCUUGAUAGUACCAAGGCCCAAGGAGUUACUGAGGAUAAAGGCCAACCUACUCAGUUGGAUAUGCUUAACAAGUUACUAAAUAAAGAUGAUGUUGAAGCUAAACCCAAGGAAGUCACUGAGGGUCAGCUUGCUCAAUUGGAGUCACUCAACAAUAUACUAAAUACCAAUGAUACUGAAUCUAAGACCAAAGGACUUUCCGAGGAUGCUGAUAAAAUAGAGGUUACAAGUGGAUCACCCCUGCCAGGUGUCAAGCCACAACAACUUGAUGCAUUAUUCAUGAUUCCAAAAGAAACAAUCGACAUUUUGAAAGACCAAGUCUUUGGAUUCGACACUUUUUUUGUGACAAGCCAGGAGCCAUAUGAGGGUGGAGUACUGUUUAAAGGAAACCUACGUGGACAAGCUGCUGUGACUUACAAAAAGAUAGAAAAAAGACUACAUGAGACAUUUGGGGAUCAAUAUAAGCUUUUCCUUCUGAUCAACCCUGAAGACGAUAAACCUGUUGCAGUUGUUGUUCCAAGAAAGACCUUACAACCUGAAACAACUGCUGUCCCAGAAUGGUUUGCUGCUGGAUCUUUUGGAAUAGUUACAAUAUUCACAUUACUUUUACGCAACGUCCCCGCAUUACAAUCCAACUUAUUAUCCGUUUUUGACAAUACGGAAGUAUUAAAAGAGGGGGUUUCUGGAGCCCUAGUAACCGCGCUUAUAUUGGGUGUACAUGAAAUCAGUCAUAUUUUGGUUGCAAAAGAAGCCGGAGUUAAACUCGGGGUUCCAUUUUUUGUACCCAGUUGGCAGAUAGGCUCAUUUGGUGGGAUAACACGGAUUCUAAACAUCGUACCAAAACGGGAAGAUCUUCUGAAAAUUGGAGCAGCGGGACCUUUAGCAGGGUUUUCAUUAGGGUUGCUUCUUUUGCUGUUUGGGUUUUUUUUGCCACCAGCUGAUGGUAUCGGGGUAAUUGUUGAUGCUUCUGUCUUUCACGAAUCGCUUCUUGCUGGUGGAAUAGCGAAAUUGGUGCUUGGUGAUGUUUUGAAAGAAGGAGCGACGAUAGCGGUGAAUCCGUUGGUGAUAUGGGCGUGGGCCGGACUUCUCAUCAAUGCAAUCAACAGUAUCCCCGCCGGAGAGCUAGACGGCGGUCGGAUCUCUUUUGCAAUAUGGGGACGAAAGGCUGCAUCGAGGUUCACAGCUGCUUCUAUUGUGCUAUUGGGGCUAUCGUCGUUGUUAGAUGACGUGGCAUUUUAUUGGGUGGUUUUGAUAUUUUUUUUACAACGAGGGCCAAUUGCUCCACUAGCGGAAGAGAUCAGCGAGCCUGAUAACAAGUACGUUGCGUUGGGAAUCACGGUUUUAGUUUUGAGUCUACUUGUUUGUUUGCCUUAUCCUUUUCCUUUCACUGAAGCAAUUACUACAACUAUGUAGACGUCUGUCUUUACUCUUUAUCUUUAGUGGGUGAGAGCUAUUAAAUAAACGUUGACCUCUUUAGUGUAGUAAGUGGAAUAAUAAAGAUCCAUAUGUAUAUGCACAUGCCCAUGUACAUGUACAUGUCAUUCUUUUCAUUUUCAUAAAUUUCACAUGGGGACAUGUCUAUA